AUGUCAACCUAUCUGCCUGAAGAAAUUGUGCUGAAUAUUCUCACCCUCCUGCCCCCAAAAACCCUACUCCGAUUCAGGUGCGUUUGCCGAACCUGGCGUACUCUCAUCGGAAAUCCUGAUUUCUUUACCCAAAACACCCUCAACCAAUCCAUUCUCCGAUUCUCAGAUCGUCCUUCUCCUCUCCUUCUCACCGAAACCAAUGAAGGAUCAUCUUUCAAAAGGCAUUUUUACUUCCUCUCUGACCAGACCCUGGAGUGCCAAUCUCAAAUUAUUCUCAAGGGAGGCCUUUUUUUUGAAGUUACGCUUGUGGCGUCCUGUAAAGGUUUACUCUGUCUUUCCGAUUACACUCUCAACAAAAUCUAUCUGUGGAACCCCGCCACGUCAGACACUCCCAAGUCUAUCCCGCGCCAGCGUCACCCGCCCAACCCUUUCCUGCAGGUUGGUAUGUUUCUGGACACCGUCGGAUUCGGUUUCGACUGGAGAUCCAACGACUUCAAGGUGCUGAAGAUUAGUCAUGUUAGUAGCUAUGACUCCGCCCCUUGUCACUACAAUCACCCAUUUCACUUCCAACCGGAAGUAUAUAGCACCCCUUGUCACUUCAAUCACCCAAUCCACUUCCAACCAGAAGUAUAUAGCCUGAGCACCGGGACGUGGAGACUGCUUGACUUACGAGUGCCGUUUGAGGAAAUUCACGGGUCAAUUCUAAACUUUCCGUUUCUAAACUUUCCGACCACUGCUGCAGAUGGGAUUUUUUUCUGGUGGGAGGUGGUGGAUCGACACUCUCAUAAUCCUAAAACUGAGAAAAUUGUUGCUUUCGACUUCAACCACGAGUUGUUCCGAACAACGCCGCUCCCAGACGGCGCACAUUCCACAUAUUACUCCUGCUACCAUUUUACGGUGCUAAAUGGGUCCCUCACCAUUAUGGGUUUCCCGUUUGAGGAGAAGAGAAGCAGAAGCAGUGGAUUGGUGAUAUGGGUUUUGUUUGAAUUUGGUGUGAAGGAGUCGUGGACUAAACUCAUGAAUCUUCCACUCUUGAUAGAAAAUCCGGAAAGGCCAUUGGGUUUGUGGAAAAACAGAGCAUUGAUUAUACAGAAUGCGAAGGGGCAGCUGAUUUUGUACAAUCUUUUUACCCACACAAAGAAGGAAGUUGUUUCAACUUGUCGGAACACCCUACCAUUACCGGAUUUUCCCUUGCAAGGUUUUCCCUACACGUGUUCGAACUCGAUGAGGCGGGGAAGGAUUGAGUUGGAGUGUAAAAUUUUAGAUCUUUAUUAA